CCUGCCGCUCUAUCCCGGAAGUUAGUGUCGCCAGCUGGGCGCGCGGCGGCGGUGUCGGCGGCGGCGGCGUUUCUCAUCUCUGUGGGCUGCGGAGCUCGCGAAAGGACAAACAUGCCUCUGGCCAAAGAUCUCCUGCAUCCCUCCCUGGAGGACGAGAAGAAGAAGCAUAAGAAGAAGCGGCUGGUUCAGAGUCCCAACUCCUACUUUAUGGACGUCAAAUGUCCAGGUUGCUACAAGAUCACCACGGUCUUCAGCCAUGCCCAGACGGUGGUUCUCUGUGUUGGCUGUUCCACAGUGUUGUGUCAGCCCACAGGAGGGAAGGCCAGACUGACAGAAGGAUGUUCAUUUAGAAGAAAGCAACACUAAUGACCUGCACAACUUAAAUUUGUGUUAUGCCCCAGAAAGCCUUAUCAGUUCAGUAAUUCUAGUUAAUCUACUGAGAUAAUGUAAUUACGUUCAAUUUUGUAAGGUAUACCACAGUGAUCUCCUAUUUUGGUGUCAGUUUUUCAAUAAAGUUUUGAUUAUCGACA